AUGCAGCCAGCCACGCGUCAGAGACAACUGGCUUUGAUGUCACAGUUGGCCGGCAUCCGGUUCGAUGCGAACCGCAGCCUGGCCGAGCAGAUCGUGAAGUACGAGGAGCUCAUCAAGGAGUACGAGCGGGCUGCCCCCACCAACUUGCAGACCCAGCUCCACCUGACGAUGGACGAGAGCACCGACUACAAGGCCAUCCGCGAGAAGCUGUUGGCCUACGAGAGGGCCAGCACGCGCUGGCAACCUUCUUCCGGCUUCGCCCUCCCGGCCGUCAACACCCACGGCGCGCUCAACCAGGGCGGCCCCACCGACAUGGAGAUCGACCGCGUGGAGAAGGGCAAGGGCGGCCACAAAGGAGGCAAGCAAGGAGGCCAGAAAGGGAAGAAGGGAGAGAAAGGAAAAGGAAAGGGCAAGGAGAAAGGUGGCAAGGGCAAGAAGGGCGGCAAGGGCGGACCACCCGGCGGCUGUUACAACUGCGGUGGGCGGCACUACGUUCGGGACUGCAAGAACGUGAAUCAGGUGAACCAGGAACAGCCCACAGCGACGCCGCCGCCACCAAGCAACACCGCCCCAACGACGCCGGCCCCAACGACAACGAGACCUACUACAACAAGCCAGCCACCAUCAAAUUCGGUACGGCGAGUGCGGCUGGUGACCCCUCCGGACGCAAGCACCACCUAUGUCUUCGACAUCUCCGACAACGACGUGGUGGCGGACUUCUACGACGACUUCCCGGCCGUGCGAGCUGUGAGUGUUCGGUCCCCACCUUCAGGAGGAACCGACCAGGAGCAGGACCCCGUGACCAUUGUGCUGGACACCGGGGCAGACGCAAGCAUGGUUCCGGAGGCCAUGCGUGCUAUGGGGGAGCCGCUGCCUGGCAACGCGGAGGCCCUGCGGCGCUACGCCUUCGAGCUGCGAGACCAUCGCGGCCAGAGCUUUAUCAUCAAGGAGACCUGCGUGGUUGGACGGGUGCGAGUGCCGCUGCUGGCGGCCGGGAAGCUGCUCAAGCAAGGCUGGCAGCUUGUCUCUGAAGAGGACCCAGGCUCUACAGGAGGAGCCGGGCCAAGAAGCAUGAUCCUGCGAUCGCCGGCCGGCCUCCGUGCACCCGUGGCCUUCAAGCACAACUCUUUGGUCGUGCAGGGCGAGGUCCGCGCGAUCACCGAGAUUCCCCGGAGCCUCCCGCCAAAGGUGGAUGACCAAGACGCCCAAGCCGAGGAUCACGCUGAUCGGCAUGGACGCCUUCGAGGAGGGCUUCUUUCCAGAAGGAGGGGUGGCCCCCAAGCCAAGCGAUGGACACCGGAGCCACCACAAGAAGAACCAGCAGAACGACCCGCAGAACACCGAGGAGAACCAGCAGAACGACCCGCAGAACGCCAAGGAGAACCAGCAGAACGACCCGCAGAACGCCAAGGAGAACCAGCAGAACGACCCGGCAGCCCAGACGAUGGCAUGGACACAGGCGAGGCAGGGCUCGAACAACACGAGCUGGAGGAUUAUGUGGCGGCCAAUGCAGCGCAGGCGGUGGAGGGCAUAGACCGGCGAGACCCGGUACCACGAGGACAGCCAGAAGGUGCCCCGGAUGAUGCAGCAGUUGCCCUCCACAACCUCACGCACAUGCCUUUUGCGAGUUGGUGCGAGGCCUGCGUCCGCACGAGAAGCCGCGGCGACAGGCGCAGCCAAGGUGCCAACAGAGAAGUGCGGCUCCCGAUCUUGCAGGUCGACUUCUACUUUGCCUCGCUGGAGGAAGGCGGCGAGCGGCCGAACCCCGAGGGUGAGCAGGAGAACUGCAUACUCAUCGGCGUCGACCUGGAUACCAAGAUGGUCUUGGCUGUGCCCGGGCCCAACAAAGGAGCUGUUAUCCUGGCCAAGGCGACCGAGGAGAUCGCGGUUAUCGUCCAGUCGGACGGGGAGCCCGCCAUCAAGGCAGUUGUGCGGGCCGUUGCCGCAGCAAGGGCCAGACUUGGCCGAAAGACCGUGCAGCGCACCACGCCCGUCGCCGCGGAGGAGUCCAAUGGAGCGGCGGAGCGCACGGUGCAGACUAUCAGGCGCCUAGGCGCCUGUAUGCUGCUGAGCUUUGAGCUGCAGAAGGGGAAGCUGGCGCCGGACACCCCGCUCAAGUUGUGGAGCCAGGUGCACGCAGCCUUCGUGCACAACAGGUUUCAUGUGAUACCGGGUCUGCAGCAGACCCCGUAUGAGAUCGCGUUUGGAGGGAAACGCUUCGACCAGAAGCUCUGCGAGUUCGGGGACACCGUCUACGGCCAGGUCUUCCGAACCAACAAGGCGGAACCCAGAUGGGUUAAAGCGAUCUGGGUGGGGAUGAACCCCCGCAGCGGCGCCAACAACCUUAUGACGGUCUACGGGCACAUCCAGAGCGCCUCUGUUCGCCGAGCGGCGGCGGACCAGCAGCUGACGGCCGACCAGAUCAAGGAGGGCGGCUACAUUGGCUGUCCUUGGAACAAGGACUUUGUGGAGAAGCCGGCCCGGCGAAAGAAGCGCGAGACGAGGACAGCCGAGCCCGGGCCACCAUUAAAGCCUGGAGUUUCUGUACCUAUUGGAGCUCCUGCCGGGCACCCUCUUUUACCAGAGGAGGACAGUGAGGCCGAGCAGGUUGAGAAGGCAGCCCGGGACCGGGCAGACGGCGGCAGCUCAGAGGAACUGGUGCCAGCAACGCCGCCGAGAUCACCGACGACACCGGCGACACCACCAGACCUGCAGUCGCCCACGGAGGCGGCAGCCAGCGGAAAGAGGAAAGCUGAGGAAGCCGAGCCGUUUACCCCCUACAGCCCGUCGUUUCCCUCAUGGAUGGCAAGCCUCGGAGAGCAGCCGGCCAGCCCGCCAAAGCGGAAGGCCGAGGCCGAACCAUCUUCGGCCGGAGCGGUGGAAAAGCGCAAGGCGGAGGAAAUGGCCCAGGGAAACCCGAGCAGCAGUGACAGCAGCGACGGCGGCGGCUCAAUCAGGAUGGUGGAAACUGUGGACGCUGAGUGGGCCGAGCACGGCCCAGAGAUCGAGGCGGAGAUUGCGGCCGACAACCAGGAGUCAACCGAGGACCCGCCAAGCCUAAGCGUCGAGGAGCUGGCGGUGCUUGACGACGCCGCCAUCGAGAGGCUGGAGAAGAUGACCGUUUUGGUCGACCCGGUGGCCGGGGAGGAAGCUGAGCACUUGAGCACCGUCUUCGUCAAGACUUGGAAGUACGAUAAGGACCGGGGCUGGUUCAGGCGAGCGCGCUUGGUGGCGCGACAGUACAAGUGGAGCCACCAGUGGAACACCCCUGUGUGGGUGAUGGACAUCAAGGACGCGUUCCUCCAGGUGGAGCAGCCGGCUGACGAGCCCGUCCUUGUUACCUCCCCCCGGUCCUACACGGCAAAGUUCGGGCAGGCACGCCAGUGGAAGCUGGGCCGGGACCUGGAGAGCAUGGAGGAGGUGCCCACACUUUUCAGGGCCAGGGCCGGGAACUACGCGGCCCAGAUCCACGUCGACGACAUCACCAGCACCGGGGCCCCCGAGAUCCAGGAGAAGAUCCAGAAGACCCUGGAGAGCAAGUACCAGGUGAAGGUCAAUGGGCCCUUCCACUUGCCGGGGGACAUGUAUGAGUUCCUUCGGCGACGCCACCAGUUCGAGCCCGACGGACCCAGCGGCAAGGAGGACAUGUUCGAACUCGACAACACCAAGGCCCUCGAGAGCGGUGAGGCGUCGGCACCCACCGAACGAGCAGCCAAGCUCCUGCGGCACCUGGUGGGCUACAUGUGGGAAACCCAAGGAUAUGGUGUGAAGCUGAAGCUCCACCCCGGCCGGUCAGUGAUGAAGCUAACGGGCGACCACCAAGGAAGCCUAGAAGGCGAGGAGCACGACCACCUUAUCGAGGGCUUCUCGGACAGCAACUUCGCAAAUGACCGAACUACCCGGCGGAGUUUGUCAUCGGGCCAGAUCUUCAUCGGCCAGGCCCUCGCAUAUUCCUUUGUCCGUGGACAAAAGGUGGUGACCUUGAGCAGCGGAGAAGCCGAACUGGUGGCGCUGACGCAAACCACCUCCGAGUGCAUCUUGGUCAAGAAAGCCUGGGAGUUUUUGGUCCAGCAGGAGGCUACCCUGACCAUGCGGUCCGACUCUUCCGUUGCACGGGCGAUAGCCUCAAGGCUUGGUGUCGGGAGAGUGAGGCACCUACAAACCUCGUGCCUGUGGAUCCAGCAAUGGGUGGUGCAGCACCUCCUGAAGGUGCUGGCGGUCCCGACCGAGUUCAACCCGGCCGACCUCGGGACGAAAUGCUUCACCGCGCGGCGGCUGCGACUGUUGUGCUACCUGGUUGGUUUGGUCCACGACAACGGGGAGCACGUUGGCCAGAGCGAGUUCCGGGAGGCGACGGCCAGACGAGCAGGACAAGGAGACCGCAACAACGACCUCGCUUCGCUGAUCUACUUUCUCGUCGUGGUCUUGGUGCGCUACUUUUGGUUUGUGGGCUUGCUGGCCAUGGCUUGGUGGCUGGGGCGGCGGUCAAGUGCGCCUUUGGAUUCCAAUGGGCAGCCAGCCCAGAGAGCACCCCAGCACAAGGGACGAGGAAAAGGCAAGCGAGCCGGCCGGAGAACGGCCAACAAGAUGAACCAGGAGGGGACCAACAACGAGGACCAGGAGGCGACCACCAACGAGGACCAGGAGGCGAACACCAACGAGGACCAGGACGCCAACGCCAACGAGGACCAGGACGCAACCACCAACGAGGAGGCGAUCUACUACGGCAGCCUGGAGGGGAUCAACUUUGAACAGCCUGACGAGCCCACAGGUUCAACAGCGACUGCUGGCUUGGGGCUUGAGCCGGCUACGGGGAAUCCGCCAGCAGCUAUAGAUCCGGAGGUGGCGCAGCGGAUCCAGGACUGGAUGGUGGAGAAUGCGCUACCUAUGCUGGGUGUUGAGGCACGGCCUUCGGGAGCCACGACCUCUGGAGCGAGUUCUUCCACUACAACCCCGACGCCACUUCCAGUUUCCUCUGCGUCCGGGAGAAGCAGCAACCACAAGAUCGAGCAGGCUCGUGAGCGUGGGAAAUUCCUACGAGAUGCAAAGCAUUUCCUUCCCGAGCAGGAGCUUGCUGAGUUGGUUUUUAUCGCCUCCCACGGCUAUGCUUACCACCGGGAGGGCUGUGGAGAUUUAUAA